CAACAUAAUUACAGGGAUUUGCUGUUAAUACACGUUUUUUCUAGCCUUUUGUUUUGUUGGUUUGAGACCUCAGUUACCCAACAGCACCUGGAUACAGGUGAGUGCUGUGUUCACUCUGAGCUCUCGGCUUCUUCACCUCAUUUUUAACGUUAAAACUGUGAGAAAAUGCAGGUAAACUGGAUCAUUAUGCUGAUUUCACUUUGGACUUUCUGUUCUGGCAUGAAUGAGUUCUACUCCUCCACAGAUCACAUGACGAGGCUUAUUAGCAUAAAGCAGGACUUGUCUGAGGGUAUUGGAGAGUACGUUGCAGUUUUGGAGAAGCAGAUGUUCCUGCUGAGAAGGGCUCUUCUAGGGCUCGACCGCAUCUCAAACCACCCGUCUGAAGAUCCUGAGAAGUUUGUUAGUAACCCGCUCACAGCGUACAAACUGAUCAGCCAGCUGAGGAGAGCAGGAGACGCUCUGGAGGAAAUCAUCAGGAGGAACAUCUCACAGGAUUUGAGCGCAGUGGAAUCAAAGUCUCAGGUUCUCCCCGCUGAUGCUGAUUUAGACGGUGUUGCCCUGGCCAUGAUUAGACUGCAGGAACUGUACCAGGUGGAUCUGAAGACUAUGAGUGGGUUUGAAAGUUCGUUGGCUUUGGAUCCAGAUGAAACGUUUCACAUCGGCCAGGUCGCUCAGCAGAACCGGCGGUUCCGAUCCGCUGCUCUCUGGCUGCAGGAAACUCUGAGGAAGCUGGACGAGGACGCGGGAUCUCUCCUCACCAAACACCAAGUUCAGCAGCUUCUCGACUCUGUUUCUGUUCAGACUGAGAACAAACCUCUUCCUCUGGGGAUAAAUCAGUCUUUACUAACCCGCGAUGUGGAGGCUCUCCUGCAGAUGUUUGAUGCUGACGGUGUAUCAGAGCUGAUGGAGGAGCUGGAGAGGGCAGAUCUCUCUGCUGUGAUUAAUCAGAAGUUCAGUGAAUAUCAGACCCUCUGUAGAGCAGCAGGAGGAACACAGCCGACGCCGCUAAGAGCGAAGAAGCUGAGCUGUCGCUACACAACAGGUGGAGGAAAUCCGCGGCUGAUCUAUGCCCCCGCUAAAGAGGAGGAGGAGUGGGAUCAACCCCUCAUCCUCAGAUACCACAACCUCCUGUCUGAGAGAGAGAUGAACCUCAUCAAACAACUUUCCAGACCGAAGCUGGACAGAGCGAAGGUUUCAGAUCCAGUCAGCGGGGAGAAGAUUUCUACGAUGGUUCGAGUCUCAAAAAGCGCCUGGUUAUCUGAAGGCGAGAGUCCGGUGGUCGCUCGGACCAAUCAGAAAAUAGCUGAUAUCACCGGUCUGGACCUGGAAACAGCAGAAGACCUGCAGGUUGCAAAUUAUGGGAUUGGAGGACAAUAUGAACCUCAUUACGACUCUGCAGUGAAUAAUGACUCUUACUUUCAGCUCAGAGGAGGAAGAAUCGCCACUGUGUUGAUUUAUCUGAGUGAUGUGGAAGUGGGCGGAGCUACUGUGUUUCCAAAUGUUGGUGCGGCGCUGCAGCCUGAGAAGGGUUCAGCAGUGGUUUGGUUUAAUCUGCUGAAGAACGGAAGUGAGGACAGCAGGACUCUUCAUGCUGCGUGUCCUGUGUUUAUUGGUAGUAAAUGGGUCGCCAAUAAGUGGAUCCACAUCCGGGGGCAGGAGUUCAGGAGGAGGUGCUCUCUGUCCAGAUCUGACUGAAACUCAGGAGAUUAAACUGAUUAAACUCCUUCAAUAUACUUCCUCCCACAGCGCAGAAUCACUGCUCACCGCUGGUCAGUUUUAUAGUUGUAUGUUUUGGUGGUUGAAUAUGUAAUAUGCAAUAAAUCAUCAUUGCGUAAAUCAUGAACUAAUAAUAAAACCUGUCGAUUAUUGAUAUUA